CAUGUUCGAACGCCAACUGCGUCAAAUGUCGGCGGCGGCAAUAUCCUCGGCUUUGGACUUCAUUCGACUCUCCAUGACGGACGACGUUCGCGUGGCUUUUGUCUUGGGAACUAGCAUACUGGCAACCAUGACGUUUAUUGCGCGCCAGGUGUCCAAGGCAGCCGCUGGCCGCAUUUUGCUCAGUGACGUGGCUCGCGUCGAGUGCUUGUCAACGGACCGGUUGAUGCACAAGGUCGUGCUGCCAGCGCGGCACGACGCGCAUGCAUCGAAAUCGAAACGUCUUGUGUUGAUAGUCCCUGGGAACCCCGGUGUUCCUGGGUUCUACGAGCCGUUCAUGCGUCGGUUGCACGAGCUGAGUGGCCAAACCAACGAAAUCGUUGGGUUGAGUCAUACCGGCCAUUCGCUUCCGUGGAUAAACGGCAACGAAGCGUAUGACUUGGAGACGCAGGUUGUCGACAAAAUCGCGUACGUCCGGAAGCGCAUCGAGAAAGACCCGACGCUGUCGCUCGUGCUGAUCGGGCACUCGAUUGGGUGCCACAUCGCACUGCGCCUCCUCGACCACUUUCCCACGACGGUGGAGAAGCUCGUGCUAAUCCAACCCGCUGUCAUGCACAUUGGCGAGACGCCGCGCGGCAGGCAGAUGAUGCCGCUUUUUGUGCACCACAAGUGGGUGCCGUACCUGGCUUGGCCGAUUGCACAGCUCCCGACCCUCUUGAAGAAGGUCCUCGUGGCGUUGUUUGUCGGUCCGCCCGAGUUUCACAAGGCUGCGCUGGGCAUGUGCGACCACAUUGUCGUUCAAAAUUGCUUGAAGAUGGCGUGGCACGAAAUGCAGGAGCUCCAGGAAAUCGACCACGACCUCGUGUCGAAGCACCAGCACAAGAUCCAAUUCGUGUUCUCCGACUACGACGGCUGGUGCCCGCCGCACCAUGUCGAACUGCUUCAGCGACGAUACACCGAUGCGAGCCACAUCGUCGUGCCGCUUCCCCAUGCGUUCAUGAUGGCUGCGGACGGAUCCGACAUCAUGGCGCAGCACACACACAAGUGGCUCGGGACACCCAUGACGCCGCCGCUAGCUUAAUCCAUUCAUGACAGCGUGGCUAGCCAUCCUUUUUCAGAUAAACGGCAACGAAUGACCACCGCCCGCCACCGUUCAGGUGCAUGGUCUGCCUAGUCAGUACAUGGCAGUCCCUAUUGCCGCUCGCUGGCACACACUGCAUGCUGGGAUAUACUCUAGUGAAAAUAUCUUUCCGC